AUGUGCGACUUCGAAGAAUUCCUAUUUGAAUGUAAACAUUCCGUUGUUAAACUCAAGUCAUAUUGUCAUUUCGCGCGUAACGAUCCUAACCACCAAGGUUUUGGGGUCAAAGUACUACGGAGAUCAUGGAAACAGCAUGGUAGAAUCUGUGAUGAUUGCACGAUGAAAGCUUAG